ACGCUCGGGCCGUCAUUUCCCUCAUGGAGAUGGGCUUCGACGAGAAGGAGGUGAUGGACGCCCUGAGAGUGAGCAACAACCAGCAGAGCGCCGCUUGCGAGUGGCUGCUGGGGGACCGGAAGCCCUCCCCCGAGGAGCUGGACAAGGGCAUCGACCCCAACAGCCCCCUCUUCCAAGCCAUCCUGGAUAACCCCGUUGUGCAGCUGGGCCUCACCAACCCCAAAACACUGCUCGCGUUCGAGGAUAUGCUCGAGAACCCCCUGAACAGCACCCAGUGGAUGAACGACCCAGAGACGGGGCCGGUCAUGCUGCAGAUCUCCAGGAUCUUCCAGACCAUGAACCGCACGUAGGCGGCGCCUGCAUCUCCACUGCCCCAGCGGCCCCGGGGAGGGGCCCUUUUAACUCUCAGCCAGUGUGGACAGUGUGAAGACCCUGGCUCCGUGGGCUGAGAGGGGUGGGGCCAGGGCUGGAGGGGCUUCUGCCCUGCCCCCAACCCCCCCACCCCCCACCCCCAACCCCUGCACCCAGCCCUGAUUGUCCUGCUUUGACCUCACUGCUAGAUGCUCUGUUCCUGGUGUGCCAGGUGCAGCCCAACCCCCACAGUGUUUACAGACCUGGGGCUAUGGGGGAGGUGCGCCCC